UCCAGAAGAUAACUACUCCUUCAACCAUGAAAAUCGUUAUCCUGUUUGCUCUUGUGGCUUGCGCCAUCGCCCAGGAGAACUAUCCCACCAAGUACGACAACAUCGACGUGGAAAACAUCCUCAACUCGGAUCGUCACUUCAAGGGCUACUUCAACUGCCUGAUGGAAACCGGACCGUGCACUCCCGAAGGAAACGAGCUGAAGAAAUACCUGCCGGAUGCCAUUGCGUCGGGAUGUAACAAGUGCAGUGAGAAGCAGCUAGAGUUGACGGCCAAGGUGGUCAAGUUUUUGGUCGAAGAACGUCCCGAAGAGUGGAAGGCUCUGCGAGGAAAAUACGAUCCUGACAACACCUUUGCCGAGAAGUACCGCGAAGUGGCAGCCAAGUAUGGUAUUCCGCUGUGAAGAGCGAGUACCAACAAAUCAACUUUACGUGCUACCUAUUUUUGAAUAUUGAACAGUUUUUACGUUCACAGGUAAAAUCCUACGAUUUUUAGUUUUUUAACUUUAAUUUUCCCACAAUCUGUAAAUAACGAAGUGAUCGUAAAUGCAGUACAACAAUCAGAUAAAUAAAACAACA